AUGGCUCAAGCUUCAGUAGGAGAGGACGAUCUAGUAAUCUAUAUAUUGAAUGGUUUAGCACCUGAAUUCAAGGAAUUAUCAAUAACUAUCAGAGCAAGGGAAUCUGCCAUAUCAUUUGAAGAACUUCAUGACAAAUUCAUAGAUUUUGAGACAACAUUGAAACAAGAUGAUUCUUAUCCUAUCACACUUUGUGAGAAACCAAGUCACACUGCAAAGAUUUGUAGGCUCAACAAAUCAAGCAUCAAGGAACUAGCUGUUAACAUUGCAACAGCCUCUCAAUUUCAUGAUAACAAGAAUCAGGUGGUAGAUUCAGGGGCAUCUCACCACGUGACAACAGACUUGAACAAUCUGUCACUCUACAUUGAAUAUGGUGGUCCAGAAGAGAUAGUUGUUGGUGAUGGAUUUAAGCAUGGGGGCACUAUUAGUGAGAGGUCUGAAUAA